AUGGACGAACUUCUUAAGACCAUUAAACAGAGAUUUUCAAUGGAAAACCUAAUAGAGACUAUCCGAGAUGAGUUGGAUGACACCAAGAAGCCAGAAACUGUACAACCAAAUCCUGUGGUAAAUGUGCAAGAAGCAAUGGAUAAAACCGUGGAAAUUAAGACAGAAACGGCCGAGGAACCAGCCGUUAUCGACACCAUGAAGUCGUCCAAUAUCCAGAAAAAACAGCCCUCAACAAACGCAGCAAAUGUUUUGCAAAAACCGAUCCCUCCAGAUGAAGACAAUGAUCCGUACCAGGAAAAUGAAAACCUUUUUAGCUUUUGCGAUUAA